AUGGUGGGUGAGGCGGCAGCAGCGAGGACGGCAAAUUCAACGACGGCAGUCGGGGUUGAAGUUUCUGACGAUCGAGGGAAGACGAUGUGCUCGCAGAUGAGGGACCAGUUCCACGGUGCCGUUUCGCUGGUUCCGGGGGGCUUACAGACGCUCGAUGCUUUCCUUAUACCCGGCCGUGCGCUGGACGGCGCCCACUUGAAGGUGUGUUCUCCAGGACCGAGCACAUGCUGCACGGAGGAAAUGGAAGCAGGUUUCGUGCAGGCGUCAAAAACGGGCUUCAGGAAAUUGGUUGAAGAUAAAAUCGUCGGGCUGAGCCACAUUUUUAAGACGAGAACGACCAAUUUCGACCGUGAUCGAGACAGCGACGUUUUUGCGGGCGAUGUCACGUGUGGCUGGGGUGCGAAACUUUUGUCGCCAUCCAUCGUCCGCUUUCCUCAACGAAUUAAGGGUGACGGUGACAGGUCACGGGUCGUAAACCUGAUCUGCGUUUCUGGCCGUCCCUACGUCCACGGAUCGCCGCAUGAGAUCAGGAACAAGGUCGAGGAGUGUGAUGUUGAGAAACGAGAGAUGAAAAAAGACCCACGAGCGACCGGCAGUCGGUGGCUGGUCGCCGUCGGAAUCGUUUUUGGUGUCGACAAAAUCUAUUUACCAAGUCAACACGAGUCAAAUCCGAGGACGUUUUUCCUGUCGCGGUAUGAAUGGCCGUGUUUGCCGUUGCUCUUAGACGUCAAGCACGUGCACCGUUUACCGUUGCGACGAACACCUCUCGACGACCCGAUCGUGCUGUUGUGCGUUUCGACCGUUGUUCGCCGUUCGGUGAUGGCUAACCGGUGGUUCUGUCCGGCAUUGCCGCCGCUGUUGUUACCCAUGUGCAGUUGUCGUGAAUGA